AAACUGAGAAUACAUGCAACAACAACAUAACAUACUGUUGAGUGGAGACAAUUUCAUUGUUGUUCUCAAAGCAACAACAUCUGUGUGGCGGAUUUUAUUGUUUGUUGUGUUUUUUCUGUUUUUUCGGGUAAAAAACAAAAUCAUUCAAGAAAAAACUUAAGGGAACAACAACAAACAAGAUAAGGAACACACAAUACCCUAGAUACCGAAGAAAGAUAAUAAAUUAAAUGCCAUUUAAAAAGUUAAUUAAACAAUAAAAUAACAAAACGGUGUAAUUAGAACGAAGACGUUGACGAGGAGUCAAUGAAGAGGAACCUGACAGAGGUGUGAAGUGCUGCUAUAUUUUUGGGCAAUAUUUGAAACAAAAUCAACGGCAAGUGACUUGAUCAAGCGAAAAAACAAGAAACAAAAGUGUGUAAAUUAAGUUUUUCUUGUGUAACCUUCUUUAUUUGCAAUUGAAAUUGUUGCUGGUUUGUUGUGUGUCAUUAACUUGGAAUCGUACGCUGUUGCCUGCUCCCUUGUGUUUACUUGUUUUGUUGCCAUCGUUUCCGUCUGCUUGGAAUCACUACCUCGUUCACAACUCUCCGUUUCCAAGUCGAUUAACUAACCAUUCGAACGAAACAUCAAAACAACAAAUUUCACCAACCAUGACGAACAUGCGUCCCCCCAACAAAACGACCCUGCUAAAAGUCGUCAUUUUGGGUGAUGGUGGCGUCGGAAAGUCAUGCCUUAUGAAUCGUUUUGUCUCUAAUCGUUAUGAUGAGAACAAUUUCCAUACCAUUGGGGUUGAGUUCAUGAAUAAAGAUAUUGAUGUCGAUGGAGAAAAAUACACAUUGCAGAUUUGGGACACUGCUGGCCAGGAACGUUUUCGUGCAUUGCGUACCCCCUUCUAUCGCGGUUCAGAUGUCUGUCUCUUGUGCUAUGCCAUCGAUGAUUAUGACAGUUUUCGUGGCCUAAAACAAUGGCGUCAGGAAUUUUUACACUAUGCCGAUGUUAAUGCCGAUAAGUUCCCCUUUAUUGUUGUGGGUAAUAAGAACGAUAUGGCCCAUCAUUGCCGCCAGGUGCCCUACGAUGAGGUGAAACAAUGGUGCGAUCAAAAUAACAUCAACUGUCAAAUUGAAACCUCAUCGAAGACAGCGACCAAUGUAACAGAUGCCUUCGUAUUGGCUGUACGCCAAUGGAAACAUAUGGAACGUAUUGCGGAAAUUGAAUUGAAACAAAACGAUACAAUUGAUUUGACCAAAACGAUUAAAUUGGCGCACAAUCGUUUUUGUUGUACUGGCGGUGGCGGUGGUAGUAGUGCGGCAUCCACAAAUGCCGAUUCCGAGGAUGAAAGUAUGAAUAUUGUGUCGCCCAAACGUUUCGGGCGAAGACAGCAGCAGCAGCAAAAGGCAUCGUCAACACAAUUUCAGCUUUAAGUUUUCUGUAUGUAGGAAUGGAAACGUAAAUACUGUACUGUAUGUAUCAUUCAAAUUGGUUGUAAGUUAUUCUGUUUGGUUUUUAUUUUCAAUUUUUUUUUAAGAAAAUGAAUGACCAACUCCUCUUUUUUUAGAAAAUUUAAGAAACAAAGAUAUAAGUACUUCCACCAGAAUAGUCUGGAUUCUUUGAUCAUUGAUCAUUUCGUCUGGAUUCUUUUUAUCAACGAAUUUAAAAAAGGGAGAAAUCUAAUUAAACUCUCUGAUGAUGACUAUCGGAGAUAGUCGAAGUAUCGGAAAAAUUAAUUUAAAAAAUUUGUCUGUUUUUUAUACCCUCAGCCACAUAUAUAGAGAGGCUAUAUAUCAUUUGUUAUGGCCAAAAAAUAAUGCUUCUAGACGCUAGGUCUCUUUGGACCAAAUUAAUUAAUUUCAUUUCAGAACAUUUGGAGUCGAUCUAGUGAUGCCCGUCUGUCUGUCUGUCUGGCUUGUAUGCACGAUAACUCUCAAAGGAAGUAUUCGAUUUGAUCCAAACUUGGUACAUCGUAAUAUUAUUAUCAAAUUUAGAUCGAGUUCCGAGAUGGGCAAUAUCGGUCCACCCCUUCUAGUACCUCCCCCACAAAAUGUUAACAGUUUCAAAGAAAAUAAUUUACUGCACAGAAAGAGAAAGGAUAAUCCGAUUUUGUUCCAACUUUGCAAAUCUUAGUAUUUGCAUCAGUGCUAGGUCAGGUGCGAAAAUGGAUAAUAUCGGUCCACUCCAUCAAGUACCUCCCACACAAAGGGUCAACAUUUUGAAUAAUUAUAACUCUUAUAAAAUGUUAUGUAAGUAUCCGAUCGUCUUCAAAUUUCACACAUCACAAUAUUUUAAUUGACUCAAGGUUUUGUGUGAAGAUGGAAUGUAUCGGUCCACUCCUUCUGGUACCUGCCCCACAAAAGGUCAAUAAUUUCAAAAAAAUAAUUUACUGCACAGAAAGAGAAAAUAUAAUUCGAUUUUGCUCCAACUUUGCAAAUCUUAAUAAUUGCAUCAGUGCCAGGUUAUAUGCGAAAAUGGACAAAAUCCGUCCACUCCAUCAAGUACCUCCCACACAUAGGGUCAACAUUUUCAAUAAUUAUAACUCUUAUAAAAUGUGAUGUAAGUGUCCGAUUGUCUUCAAAUUUCACACAUCACAAUAUUUUCAUUAAGCCAAGGUUUGGUGUGAAGAUGGAAUAUAUUGGUCCACUCCUUCUGGUACCUACCCCACAAAUGGUCCAAAUUUUGAAUAUCUAUGAAGCUCAUAAAACGAGAAAUUAACAUCCGAUUCCAUUCAGAUUUGGUACAUCUCGAUAUUUCCAUCAACACACGAUCUCUUAUAAAGAUGGUAGAGAUCGGACCAUUCCUUCUGGUACCUCCCCCACAAAGGGUCAAAAUUUUGAAUAUUCAUGACAUUCAUAAAAGACGAAAUUAACAUCCGAUUCCAUUCAGAUUUGGUACAUCUCGAUAUUUCCAUCAACACAAGAUCUCUUAUAAAGAUGGUAGAGAUCGGACCAUUCCUUCUGGUACCUUCCCCACAAAGGGUUAAAAGUCUUGAAUAACCAAAACGACCAUAAAAUCCGAAAUAAGCAUCCAACUCUCUUCAAAUUAUACACAUCCCAUUAUUUCUGUUGACACAAGAUUUGCUGUGAAGAUGGAAUAUAUCAGCCUACUCCUUCUGAUACCUCUCCCACAAAGGGUCAAAAUUUUGAAUAUUUAUGAAGCUCAUAAAACGCAAAAUUUAACAUCCGAUUUCAUUCAGACUUGGCACAUCUCAAUAUUUCCAUCAACACAAGAUCUGUUAUGAGGAUGGUAGAGAUCGGACUAUUUCUUCUGGUAUCUCCCCCACAAAGGGUCAACAUUUUGAAUAUUUAUUAAGCUCAUAAAACGCAAAAUAACCAACCGAUUCCAUUCAGACGUGGUAAGUCUCAAUAUUUCCAUCAACACAAGGUAUGUUAUAAAGAUGGUAGAGAUCGGUCCAUUUCUUCUUUUACCUACCCCACAAAGGGUCAAAGUCUUGAAUAACCAAAAACACCAUAAAAUCCAAAAUAAGCAUCCGGUUCUCUUCAUAUUUCACACAUUCCAUUAUUUCUACUAACACAAGAUCUGCUGUGAAUAUGGUAUAUGUCCGUUCACUCCUUCUGGUACCUCCCCCAAAAAGGGUCAAAAUUUUGAAUAUCUAUGAAGCUCAUAAAACGCGAAA